CCGAACGUAUGAGUAAUAUUUAGGGUGGAUCAGUCGCUGGGAAAACGCGUACGAGUCGUUGGGAAAUCGCACGCAAUUCGAUCGUCCUAGUCGGUGGUUUAAAGUGUCAGUGUUCGAAGUCGGAAAGAAACCGCAGUUGAACCGCUGGAUUCGCAGAAACUAAAAUAUGUGAAUUUUUGAAAUAGUAUAAAUAAGGUAUUUUCUCUGAGUGAGAGAGAGAACUAAUAAAACUAAUUAAUUUUAUCAAAGUUGGUGUAACGCCUGCAAAGCAGGUUUGUGACGAAUCUAAACCAAAACGCGUUCAAAAUGUCCAUGGAUCCAUCGGUUUCCUUAGAGGAUCUGGAGCGUCGUCGACGUCGCACCAGUUCCGCCCGCAAGCAGUCACAACCACCUUCGCACCUGGCGGAUUCGGAGGCCAUGGCCGUGAUCAAUGAGAUUUUCAAUCCCACGCUGAAGCUGCCGGAGUCCAGUGGCCAUUACACGUUGCCGGAGGAGAUGAGUGCCGAUGACCAUGUGGCGCCCCAUGAACUGGACAUUGCCAAACUGGCGGAGCUGAAAGAAGUCUUCUCACUCUUCGACACGGAUUGCGAUGGACUGAUCUCGAAGGAGGAUCUGCGGUUCACAUACACAGCCUUGGGAAACGAGCCAAACGAGCAGCUGAUGGAGCAGAUGAUGCAGGAGGCCAAGGAACCGCUCGACUACGAGGCCUUUGUGCGGCUGAUGAGCCGACGUACCCAGGAACUGGAUCCCGAGGAUGUGCUGCUCGAGGCAUGGAGCAAGUGGGAUGACCACGGCACGGGCAUGAUCGAAGAACGCAAAAUCUAUGAAGAGCUGACCAACUAUGGCGACAAAAUGACCCUUAACGAGGCCAAGGAGGCCCUUAGCCAUGCGCCGAUGGCCAAACCCAAGUCCUUGGAGGAGCCGCCUAUGAUUGAUUAUCCGGCCUUCUGUCGCAUGCUAAGCGGAAUGCGCAAGCGAAAAGGGGAAUAACUGACGUGGAGUACACUAAAUUGGUUGAAGGAAUUUUUAUAUAUUUUCGUUAAAUUUAAAAACUUGAAAUUUAUAAAAGCGUUUACUUUAAAUGAGGUAUUUGUAAAUUAACUACCCUUAGCCAAUGAACUGAAAGCUUGUUUCCCUGAAAACGAAAAAAAACAUUAUUUAUUCCUGUAGAAAUUAUUAUCCCAUUAAAUGUUAUAAUAAUACUCCUUUGGGGUUUCUUAAUUCACAGUACUUUCUUACUUAGUUAUUUAACAAAAAAAUGGCUUUUUAAUUUAUUUAAAGAAAUUUGUAUAUUUAUACGUAAUUAGUCUGCGGGUAAAUUUUUCAAGUUGUAUCCAAACUUUAGUUUAUUGGCUAUAUAUAUUGUUUUUAUUUUGUUGCAUUUCAGAGGCUAACCUUUGGCGUACAUUUUAUUUUAAUUAAUUUGUAUUUAAGUUUUUAAAUUGAUAGGCUCCUUGUUAAUUUGUUGCAAAUUACUUAAAGCUUCUUAGCUAUUGGCAACUGUAUUAGCCUUAACGCCAACUUUUGUUCGACUUUUUAUCAAAAUAAAUCGUGAAGAACCAACA